CAUAUAUAUAGAUUAGUAUUUACUGCAUUAACAAAAUAUUAUAAUUAAUAAUACUACCUAAUACUUAGUUAUUCGCACGCUCCCUACUAGCACAUAGCAUUAAGUACCACCUUAUAACUAACAAUUAAACAAUCAAAGUCCUGAUUGAUGCAACCUGCAGACAAUUAUAGCUGCUGAUAGGCAAUAAUUAUCCAAUUUAUGGCUGGUGUUAGAUUUGCAUAUAAGGACGCAUCGCACAGCACGUCCUUACAGUGUUUUCUACAAUUUCGAAAUGGACGCAGUAGAUGAGCCCAUCAAAAUUGAGCAGUUCCUGCAAUUCCAAAAAUAUCAGCAAGUUUUUCAUUUUCUGCACUUUCAAUUCGUGCGAAAUGCGGAUGGACGCUUGAUUAACAAGUCGGAAUUGGUUUUCCGUGCGGGUUUCCUGUUGGAUGUCUGGUUUUUUGGCAUCAAUUUGUUUGACAUCCUAAGAUCGAUCCAGCUGGGCGAGACCUCCCAUCAGAAUCUGCCCGUGCUGAGCAUAUCGAUAUAUUUCACAAUUCGGGGCAUAAUGAUGUUUAUCAAGCGACACGAUAUUGUCGAUUUUCUCAAUGUGCUGGACCGGGAAUUUCCCAAGGAUUUGGUCUCGCAAAGGGUGCUUAAUGUGCCGCAGGUGUUCGAGCGCUAUCACCGGCGACACGGUUACGUGGGACUCUAUGCGAAUUAUGCACUACCCGGCUUCUGUCUCACACCGGUCGUCACAUACAUUCUCACCUAUGAGGACAGGAAUGCGCCCAUAUUGCUGGAUCACCAAUUGCUUGGCGGCUGGCUGCCCUAUGACCUGCGGCAGAAUCAUUUAGUCUAUCCGUUGGUGUGGCUCUACGAUGUCUACUGCAUGCUGGUGGGCGUGACCUUCUUCACCAGCUUCGACACCUUGUUCAACACGAUGCAGGCCCAGGUCAUCAUGUAUCUGGAUUGCUUUUGCAGGCAGCUGGAGGCGCUCAAUGCGGUCGAUAGCUACCAAGCUAUGGAUGAAAGGCAGUUCCAUGAGCACAUCUGUGGCCUGAUCCGCCGUCACCAGCAGCUCAAUUUGAUAUGCGAUAAAUUCAAUGACAUCUUUAAGCUUGCGAUUCUGAUAACUGAUCUUGUGGGCGCCACAUCCAUAUGUUUCCAUUUGUAUUUGAUAACCGAAAACCAGGAUCCGCUGAUGAUUAUCAAGUACAUUUUGCCCACAUUGGCCUUGGUGGUGUUCACCUUCGAGAUUUGUCUGCGUGGCACACAGCUCGAGGAGGCCUCGUCCCGUUUGAAUGAGGCUCUGUACAAUCAAAACUGGUAUAUGGGCAGCAAGAUGUAUCGCAAGUUGAUUCUAAUUUGGAUCAAAUAUGCUCAGUGUACCAGAAAGCUGACAGCUUAUGGUUUGGUCGAGAUCAAUAUGAAACACUUUUCGGAUGUAAGUGACAGAUACUCUUUGCAUUUCGUGCACUUAUCAAUAUCUUUAUUUUUCAGAUUAUGCAGCUGGCGUACAGACUAUUCACUUUUCUCAAGUCCCGACAAUAAAUCUAAGGCUUGGCUUGGGCAUUCUUCGGUUUCACAUUUUAGCCCAAAUCUAUAGUUAUUCAAAUUAGCCUGGUCACACUUUCACUUUGCGUAGGUUCCCCUUGCCCGCGUAUCCUCUAUACAUAUUUGGCUAACAUUUGGUUUUAACAUUAAUGUUAAUUCAAUUCCUUCUGCGAGCUGCAAUGCGCUUGAAAUCUAUGCCUAUACAAUCAAUAAUUAUUUCUUUUAGAUUU